AUGGACUCCAAAAUUCACCUGACUGUCAGUGUCAGCAAUAUCAAAAACCUGAUCCCCGUCACCCUUGAAAUGGAAAGGGGUCAAUACGGCUCAUGGUGUGAACUUUUCGAAAACCAUUGUCGGGCCUGCAUGGUCAUCGACCAUCUCUCUCCUAAAACAGCUGCUCAAACCACUUCUACCAAAGAUGCUGACAAAGCCCCUGCUAAAGCUGCAACAGAUGAUUCAUGGGAUCGCUUAGACGCCAUUGUUCUUCAAUGGAUAUAUAGUACUAUAUCUAGCGACUUGUUGCACACUAUCUUGAAACCCGAUAACAUAGCCCAUGAAGCAUGGACCACUCUGCAAGGAAUUUUUAAAGAUAAUAAGAGCUCUCGUGCGAUUCACCUCAUGCAUAAGUUCUCUGGAUGGCUUUCCCAAUAUGUCAUCCUAUUGUCAAGCCUUGAAAGUGUUGGCUGA